AUGAAAACUUUUCAAAUUGCUUCUAUUAUUGCAGGACUUGGGUUUUUACAGCCUACAGUUGCAUCAGUGGUCAAUUGUGGUUUAAAUCGAAUAGAUGUUGAUCAUGUCAAACGUGUUGCCGCAGGUCUCUGGAGAAUGAAAUAUGAGAGUCUCAAAGCGUACAACAACGUUCUGUAUCCUAAAAAGUACGAAGAAACCGCUUAUGCAUCUGAAGCUUUACGGAAAUUUCCAUUAUUUGCUGAUGGCCGGGACUGGAAUGGGGGGUUUUUUAUGUACUUUGUUGUGUCAAGUCAAUCUCAAAAUGUGGUCAUGCUCUUUUACGAGGAUGAUUCAGGAUUACACAAUUGUCCCUUGGAUCAAUAUUAUGGAUAG